GACCUCCUCUCUUCACUUUUACACACACAAACACAAUUCUCUUCAACAUCCUUGCUUAUUUCAUCAUUUCUACUCUCUUCUCUUGAGAUUUCUUCAUCAUGGGCAAAGAUAAGAACAGGGCAGGAGCUUCCGGCAAAUCCAAGGCCAAAUCCCGGGCGCCUACGACAUCCACCGAGGAACGCCUCUACUAUGGUGACAGGUCAUACCUUUGGUUUGAUUCCGAGGAGGAACGCACCCAUUUCCUCACCUUCUUCUCUAAACGGGUUGUGGCUCCUCCACGGAUCAUCCCGGAGCGCUACCCGGAGCUGCAGGGCUACGACGACCUCGACGCGCAGCUUCAUCAGGCCGGCCUUUGGCCUUUCGUCUCCCGGGCUCGGAAGCAGAUCAACCCGGCGUUGAUUCGGGUCUUCUACUCCAAUCUCCGGCGUGAGGGCGACGUGCUCUAUUCUCUUGUCAAGAGCAUGUCGAUAGAACUUUCAAUUGAGCAGCUUGGGCGCAUCACCGGCCUCCCCUACCAAGGCGACGACGUCUCCCUCUAUGGCGGAGAGGACUGGGUGCUCAACAAUGAGGGCCUUAUCCUCAACGAGCUUGGGAUCACCGAGCUCAUCCGCCAUGCCUCGGGUCACCUAACCAUCCAUUCUGCUAACCCCGAAGGCCGUCUUCUUCUCUACAUCGUCUCCCGGAUCAUCAAACCCAGGAAGCACGGCCACACCAUCAUGUCCGGUGAAGACCUCAAGCUCAUCCAUGCGAUCAUGCACUCGGCCCCAAUCAAUUGGGCAAAGUUUGUCAUGAUCAACAUGACGAUUUCCGCGUCCACCGACCACGAUCACCUCCUCCCGUACCCGUUCGUGGUGAUGGACAUCCUUGAACGGUUCAAGGUGACGACCACUGUUGGCCCACUCACGAAGGCCACGAAGAUUUUGGCGAUCAGCACCCAAACCUUCAAGAAGCGGUCGGACAACGCCGGACCUGCCAUUGCCGUGCCACGGCGCUGUUCUGCUGCUGGCCCAGCCGAAGCCCAGGCCCGGGCCAACCUUGCCUCCAUCGCCGACUCCCUCAACCGGCUUCACUUCAAAGUUGAUGGGAUGGAUGGCUACCUUGAGCGGCUCGACGAGGCUGUUCAACGCCAAGGGCACGCCAUGAAUGCAUACUUCCAACGCGUUAACUAUGUCCCCCCACCGUACCAUGGCACGUUCUUUGGGCAAGUGUACGGUGACGAGGACGAAGAGGAUGGCUCCUACGCCCCGUCAAGCUCCUCGGACGAGGACGAGUUCGACGACGCCGUUGACGGUGAUGAGAUGGACGUCGACGACGACGAGGAGGAAACCGAAGACGAAGACUAGGCCGCCCCUAGAAUUUCUAUCUCUUUUAUUUUAAUUAUCAUGUCUCUUAAUGCUUCCGUUGUACUCCGCUAUUUCCCAUCUUCAAUAAAUAAAAGUUAUCUCUUAUCUUUUUGUUAAUGUCAAAAGGGGGAAGAAAAGGGCUAUGCAUAU